AUGGCAGCCGCCGAGGAAUUGGUUGAUUUUGAUAUCAUCGAAGCACAAAAAGAAAACGUCCAAUCACUUCCCGGUGGCCGAUCAGCCAGAGAACUCGCCCGGAUAUUUUCAGCUGGUAGCAACGGUGACAAGAUCCCCUCGCCAUCGCCAAAUGGCACCAGGACUAUCAAUGACGCCGUGCGCCAAGAAUACGAGAGCGAAUUGCAGUCGAUAGGAGAAUCGGACGAUCCGCUCGAUGUUUAUGACCGUUAUGUCAAAUGGACCCUGAACGCGUAUCCCUCCGCACAAGCGACCGCAGAAUCCGGUCUUCUUCCCUUAUUGGAACGGGCAACGAAGUCAUUCCUUUCAUCAUCACACUACAAAAACGACCCUCGAUAUCUACGGUUGUGGCUUCAUUAUAUUCGACUGUUCUCCGAUGCCCCGCGCGAAACAUUUGCAUUUCUUGCCCGUCAUCAGAUCGGUGAAAGUCUGGCUCUUUUCUAUGAGGAAUUUGCCGGGUGGCUAGAGGGUGCUGGGCGGUGGUCCCAGGCCGACGAGGUGUACAGGCUUGGUAUGGACCGUGAGGCACGACCAGUUGAAAGAUUAGCACGGAAGUACAACGAGUUUCAAUUCCGAUAUGAUCAACGUCCACAAGACAUUGGGCCCUCCUCGCCUGCUUUGCCAGCUGUCCGCCCCGCGCUGGCCACUAAGAUGAACCCGUUCGAGCCAUCAGAUGCCUCUGCUGACCCACAGGCUUCACGAGCCCUGCCUCGGACAGGCGGAGCCACAAAAACCAAGUCCGGAAAACCCAAGAUGGCCAUCUUCUCAGACGCUGACUCUGCUGCACCGGGUCCCGCAACGGGUGGAUCGACAAAGGGAUGGGAAAGUAUUGGGUCAAUUCGGGAUCGCAAGAAGGAGAAUGAAGUGGAGGCAAAGCCGUGGGCAGGAGAAACAUUGAAGGCAGGGAAGAGAACAGCGCCAACACAAAAGAUGGCUAUCUUUAGGGACGAGUCCAAUCCAGAUCUUCCUUCCAAAGAACCAAUAUCACCCAAAGCGGUACCCCAACACCAUGUAAGGGAAGCCAUUAACCCACGGACCGGCCGACGUGAACGUGUAUUUGUCGACCUGGAAUCCGUUUACCCUGACCGCACCAACCCUGCACAUGAGAUGAGCUUCGAAGAGCUCAGAGCCCUCAAGCGUGGCUGGAUGAGCAAAAAUUGGCGGCAACAGAAAGAGCCCUUGCAGCAGAUCUCUGGGAAUGCUAGCAAGGAAUUACCAGAGCAUCUAGGUCAAAAUCUCACCACAGCUAAUCAUACCCAAUCUCAAUAUCAAGACGAAGGCCAUGGAGGCAAAUCCGCCAAGGCGAGCCGCACCAAGAUCAAAGGUGAAACAACGCAAACACAAACCGUCAAAAUGAAAUUUGAUUCCCCGUCCAAUAAUAAGAAGGUCCGGCGAAAGAGUACUCGGGAACCGACCAUGACCAUGCACACUCGCGCAGCGACGGAUGAGAUCUACGGCAUUUUCAACCAGCCAUUGAAGGCAGAAACCGAAGGUGAUGCAGAUAGCUUCUGCGGUAGCGAUUACGAAGAUGACGACUGCGCCAGUACUGGAGACAGUACAGGUACAGGGCACCUCUCAGCGGCUUCGAGCGACUUUGGAGACGAAGAGACCCAAACGUUCCACAAAUCCUACGAUGACACCGAUUAUGCAAACACCACACGAGCUGAGAGCGUUGAUGGCGAUGGCAGCGAUUGGACAGAGUUCAAUCCUGAUCGUGACAUCCCGGAUAUCGAAAAUGCCGAAGUCACAUUACAUUCUGUCGUGAGUGAUGGAGUGGAAAGCAGUUCGACACAAGGAACACCGGAGAGGAAAGGAUUUAUACCAGAGAUGCCCGAGGACUAUGCUCCUCCAUGGGGGACCUACCGUGACCCUGCGAUCAUGGCUCAAAACCGCCUCCCCUUUAUGACACCUAUCGUGGAGCGAACGGAAUCCAUUCCUUCUUUGACGGUUGCUCGAAACAGCAUUUAUAACGCGAAAACGCCCUCGAAGCCUCGAUCACCGGCCGGUAACUUUUUGCUUUCGAGUCCACUGGGAACAAAUACGCCGUACCAUGGAGAUAAUACUCUUGUGUCUACGGCUGACGUACCAUUCAGCCCUACGGCCUUCAAGGCACUCGCACCCAAGCUACGCAGACGCGAAGCAAUAAUUAAGGAUGUGCAGUGCAACCCCACCGAUAAGGGCAUUCGCAACACUAUUCUCAAUUCCUUGGAAAAGCCACUUGCGACGUAUACGGGUUAUCACAGUCAUGUUGAAGAUAGCAAAUUUGCUUCGAUGAUCCAGAAAUUCGUCAAAACUAACACCAGGCGAUCAAAGAGUGGCGGGAAUGAGGCAUUUGACACACCUAUCCUCGAGUUUCCCGGAGCGGAAAGAAGCUACAUUAUCAGGCGUGAGCUAGGAGCUGGUGCAUAUGCCCCUGUCUACCUCGCCGAGAGUGUCGACAGUCUGGAAUCCUACGACUCCGAUGAUAGCGCAAGCCCUAGCGGCAAGAUUUUCCAGCCGAGAAGUUCGAACGCUUAUGACAAUCCCCGGUUUGCCUUUGAAGCUGUCAAAGUCGAAAAUGGACCAUCAAGUGCAUGGGAGUUUUACAUGAUUCGCACAGCAUACAGCCGCCUACGGCAAUCUGCGGAUUAUUCUCGUGCCACAGAAAGCAUUGUUCGCGCACAUGAAUUGCAUGUCCACCAACGUGAAAGCUUCCUGGUGGAGGACUAUCGAGGGCAAGGCACCAUACUCGACCUCGUCAACAUCGUCCGCAAUGAAGCCAUUAGCUCCAAUCAUACUCCUGAAGGCGGCCUCGAGGAGGUCCUAGCAAUGUUCUUCUCAGUUGAGCUAUUGCGCACUGUCGAAGCACUCCACGCUAACGGCGUCCUCCAUGGCGACAUCAAAGCCGACAACUGCCUCGUCCGCUUAGAUGAGCACAAUCCCCAUCAACCACCCUCCAAGGCCCUCUCCCUCCUCGACCUUGGUGCCGAUGGAACCGCCUUCGAUCCCCGUGAAAGCAUCCAUUAUUCUCCAAGCGGCUCCCACGGCUGGCGAGAAAAGGGCCUGGCCUUGAUUGACUUUGGCCGCAGCAUCGACAUGCAAGCCUUCUUGCCAGGUGUCCAAUUCAUGGCUGACUGGGAAACCGGUACGCAUGAAUGCAACGAAAUCCGCGAGAUGCGCCCCUGGACCCACCAUAUCGAUUUGUAUGGUAUUGCCGGCGUGAUCCAUGUCCUUUUAUUCGGAAAAUACGUCGAAUCCACCCCUAUCAACGGCAAUAACGAAAACGCAUCAUCCCGCACCUAUCGCAUCCGCGAGUCUCUGAAACGAUACUGGGACCGCGAACUCUGGGCUGAUGUUUUCGAUCUCUUGCUGAACCCCGGUGCCGAACGCUGGCAGCGCAUCGAGCGCGAGAAUGGAGCCGAUGCAGCUCUGUCGUCUGCGCCCAUUCUGCCUGUCUUGCAUUCCAUGCGCCAUGUUCGUCGCGGCAUGGAGGAGUGGCUUCUUGCCAAUGCUGAGAAGAAGGGUCUCGCCCUUCAGAUUCGGAAGAUUGAGGCUCUACUUGCUGAGCGGAAGAAGAAAUUGGAGAGGUGA